AUGCUACCCAAGUACAAAACACCGACACGCCUUCUCUCCCCGACUUCUUUCUUUUCCCUUCCCUCCCCUUCCCCAACAGAGGAAAAGAGGAGAGACUCUGACUCAGCCGGAACGCUUUAGCUAAGUCAUCCUGUCACCCAGGACAGAAGUCCUGGGAAUGACGCUUUGGCUGCACGCUCGUCUCUUAGUAACCGGGACACGCUUUCCUUUUCCAGUCCCCACUUCCAGACCCCAAAUUCCCUGGUCCGCCUUUGAGUUUGCACUUCCCAUCCCAGGUUUAGGCUGUCCUGGGAGGGUCGGAUGCACUACUGAGUCCCUAAUUCGGGCAUUUCUUCUCUUCCCCACAGUCUCUUCUCUGAAGUCGGACUCCCCUUUUGAAACGCAGAGUCCCCAGAGCGGCCCGGGCAGGUGGUGCAAGCACCCCUGCUCUCCCGCGCCCCCUGCCGGAGGGAGAGGAGGAAAAGGAGGAAAAGGAAAAAGAGGAGGAGAAAAGAGAGGCUGCGAGGAGAGAGAGAAGGAGCAGCGAGAGCCUGGGCGCCGAGGGGGAACAACCCGAGAGUUUGCCCGAUGGUGCUGCCGCUGCCUCUGCCGCUGCUGCUGCUGCCGCCUCCUCCGCCAAGCGGGAGAGGAGGGGCGAAGAGCCAGUUGGGCAGAAGCCUGGGUCCUUUGCUUCUCCUCUUGGCGUUAGGACACACCUGGACCUACAGAGAGGAGUUUGAGGACAGCGACAGAGAGGUCUGUUCAGAGAACAAGAUAGCGACCACCAAGUAUCCCUGUUUGAAACCUACGGGCGAGCUCACCACGUGUUUUAGGAAAAAGUGCUGCAAAGGUUAUAAGUUUGUCCUUGGACAGUGCAUCCCAGAAGAUUAUGACGUGUGUUCCGAGGCUCCUUGUGAACAGCAGUGCACAGAUAACUUCGGUCGAGUUCUAUGUACCUGCUAUCCAGGGUACCGAUACGACCGAGAGAGACACAGAAACAAAGUGAAGCCUUACUGCUUAGAUAUUGAUGAGUGUGCCACCAGCAAUGAGACACUCUGCUCUCAGAUCUGCAUCAACACCUUGGGCAGUUACCGUUGUGAAUGUCGAGAGGGCUAUAUCCGAGAAGAAGAUGGGAGGACGUGUACCAAAGGAGAUAAAGGGCAUGAUGAGAAGGUAGAGAAUGUACUGAAGGCAGGAACCUGCUGUGCCACUUGUAAGGAGUUCCACCAAAUGAAACAGAUGGUAUUACAGUUGAAGCAAAAGAUUGCACUGCUCCCGAACAAUGCUGCUGACCUGGGCAAGCAUGUCACUGUUGACAAGUUACUGGCUUCAAAUACCUACUUACCAGGGCCCCCUGGGCAACCGGGAGGCCAGGGCCCCCCAGGGUCACCUGGACCAAAAGGAAGCCCUGGAUUUCCUGGUGUGCCUGGGCCUCCUGGUCAGCCUGGCCCCAGGGGCUCAAUGGGACCCAUUGGACCAUCUCCUGACCUCUCUCACAUUAAGCAAGGCCGUAGGGGACCUGUGGGUCCACCAGGUGCUCCAGGAAGAGAUGGUUCCAAGGGGGAGAGAGGAGCUCCUGGACCCAAAGGAUCUCCAGGACCUCCUGGUUCUUUUGAUUUUCUCUUGCUGAUGAUGGCUGACAUCCGAAACGACAUCGCAGAACUUCAGGAGAAGGUGUUUGGACACCGGACUCAUUCAUCAGCAGAGGAGUUUCCAUUACCUCAGGAAUUUACCAACUAUCCAGAUGUCUUAGACUUUGGCUCUGGAGAGGACUAUCCAAAGAGAACUGAGACAAGAGACUCAAGAAUUCACAAAGACUUAUAUCCUUAGCAGGACCUAGGUUUUUUCAUGCCAAAAGUAAGGGAUGAAAAGGUUUUUCCUCUCCUGAAUUUCAGUGAUGGAAAGAAAAUGCACUGGGGAUUUAAAAGAUAGAUUUUAUUUUAUUUACUCUUCCCCCUUGCUUUCCACCUUAUACCUCCCUGCUUCCUCUAAUAGCCCACUUUCCUUACCUAUUGGUAAGUAGAUCAGUAACUGGCUGAUAUACUUCCGAGCAUGAGCCAAUUGGGCUAAUGAGAUAGUUUCUCCAUUAAUUUCCUUCUUGUACAGCUAAAAGGCUUAAAACUUCCAGAGUAUGGCCAUCAGAAAUCUGUUCAUUUCCUAAAACCUCCCCAAAAAUGAAAAAAUAAUUUGCCAGGUGAUGCCAAAGUCACUUACAAAAAAAAAAUGAAAUUAAAUAGUCAGCAAGCAAUGAUCAAGCACCUAUUGUGUGCUUGACAUUAGGUAAACAAAAAUAAAAUUGAAAUAGUCCCUGCCCCAGAAAAGCUCCUAGCUCAAUGGGGAAAACAACAUGCAUAUAGACAGAUACAAAAUGAUACAAGGCUAGUAUUUGGAGCCAUAAUUUCAUCGACAAAGGGACUUCCUUCAUUAAUCCAGACAAUAACCUGUACAUGCCUUCUCAUCCUUUGGGAUUCCUAUUACAGAAAGAACAAAAGUAGCUAUAAAGGAACAGAAGCUCCAAACCAGAAGCCUGGUCAACAGAAGAUGACUUUCUUUUUGGAGAAGGGGAAAUUCUCUAUAAUAUUAUGUGAUUUGUCUACCAUUAAUAAGGCCCUUUCAUUUUAAAAAGUUCAUAAUUAGAUGAGGUUUCUUCCUGUCGCUAAAUGAAGUAAUAAGGACUGGGGGGAAAUCAGAAGAAUUAUAAUAUUUGCCAUUAGAUAUAAUGCAGCUUUAACCCCCCCCCCAAAGUGACUAUUAAAGUGUUUAGUCCUACCUGACUUUUAAGCAGUUACCACAUUCAGAGUAAAAAGUGCAGUGUGCUGUAGGAACAAAUUCAAUAUUCUUUUAUACUAAUGUCUUGAAUAUUACAUAUGGUAAAGAGAUGAAAUUUAUUAAUGCACAUCAGAAACCAUUGGAAAGUGAUAUGCCAGGAGAUUUUCUAACUCUUCAGUCAUGCAGGUAGACUUUGGAGAAAUCUCUUGAUUAAAUCACAGACUGUUCAUCAAAGCAGAAUCACUGACCUCACAAGAGGGGAGAAGGGAAUGAAUUUCCUAGGCUAAACUGGUACCUGAAGAAACCUUGAUGUGCACCUAGAGAGCCAUCCUGCUGCAUUUGGGACAGAGUAAUCAAAUUAGUGUAAAAUGCAACGUCAGGCUGGAUGAAAGCCUCUGGCAUUUGGUCAUUUUUCUUCUUGAGGCCAAAAACAGCUAAAUCUACAGUUAAACUCUCCUUAACCAAUAUAAGGGCCUGUCAUGAAUCUCUGUCAACUUUGCCAGUAUCACUGGUGCUAUAAUUAUUAUAGAAAUUUAACUUAGUUGGGAGAGGGAGAAAACUGAACAAAAAUGGACUUUCCUUAGGAAAAAAAUUGUCCUCUUACUAUUAUUGUUAUCCUAUUGUUUAUAAGGAAAAAAAUCUACUUUCUUUUUUUGGGUUUUCUUGACAAAGAAACUGGAAUGGUUUGCCAUUUCCUUCUCUAGCUUUUUUUUUUUAAAUAAAUGAGGAAACGAAGGCAAACAGGGUUACACAGCCAGUAAGUGUCUGAGGCCAGAUUUGAACUCAGGUCAUCUUAUUCCAGGGAAUAAAACACUGGCACUCUCUCCACUGAGCCACCUAUAGCUGCCCCUAAAUUUGUGAUUCUGAUGGCCCUUUAUGCUAUUCUAGACUAUGCAAUUUCUCUUUCUACCGGGAAAAGUGAGGUCGCUAAGUGGUACAGCCCAAUGGUCAGUGAGUAGAGGAAGCCAAGUGACAGAGUGGGUAAAGUGUUAAAUUUGGAGGUAGGAAGUCUUGUUUUCAAACUCUGCCUUAGGCAUUUCCCAGCUCUGUGAUCCUAGGCAAGUCACUUAAAGUCUUAGUUCUUUGGUUUCCUUUUCUGUAAAAUGACCAUGUUGGACUUGUUGGCUUUUACCAUCUUUUCCAGUUCUAAAACUACAACUUCAAUUGUGCAUAGGGCUUUUUGGGUGGGGCCUCAUUGUGUUUUCAUUUCAUGUGUCAUAUUUUUAUUUUAUUUUGUUUUGUUUUGGCUAUUCAGUCUUAAGAAUGCUAGAGAAAAGGAUGCCCUGGAUACACAUCUAAAGACCUGGCAGCAAUAACCCCCUCCCCAUCCUCUAGCACAUGUACAAUUCACACACCCAUCAAAUACCACAACCCAAUCACAAUUAGCCAACAGCUGUGCUCGGCAUAAACAGACCAAAUGUUUUCCAACCAAAUGUCUAGAUUGGCCCAUCUAGCUUUACAAAUACCUGUUUCUUUUCCAGCAUCCCUCCUGCUUCCUUUGGUCCAGCCAGUUACUAUGGUAUGGCACUAGCCUUUUCCAAUGCUGGGUUUCAGAAGAGAUUUAUUCAGCAGCUGUUGGUUCUGCCUGGAAUAUAUUUAAUGUUUUGCUUGUUUGUGGAGUACGUUAUUUAAAGGGUGUGGAUGGAUGAAUGCUUAAGAAAAUAGUGCCGUGGAUUAUGAGAAAUGAUCGGAUCUGUCUUUGAUUUAACAAAAAUGAAAAUUGUUAAUGCUUUUUUCCCCUCAAAACUACUAUAUAUUUUUGGAAAUUUCUUUAUUGUCAAACACUCAGAAAACACAAACUUAACCAUUUAGAGGGUUAAAGAUUAGGAUAAUAUAUUCAGAUUAUAUAAACUGAAGUCACAUAAAGCUGAGAUUCCUACACCUCUUUCAAAGAACAUUAUAUGUGGGGAAAUUAUAGGCAAGCACACAGUUAUCCCUUGUCUUUCAUAAUCUCAACCUGCUGGAUCAGGUUGAUUUAUUGAAUAAUGCAUACCCAAACACAGGCUUCUAUCACAACAUUCAAUGAAUAUUUCACCUACCCAAAAGAGGUUUUUCAAAGAAGAUGACAUCAAAUAGAGCAUUACUUUUAUUCCCAAUGUAUCUUUUAGUUAUAUUUAAAAUAAUCAAAAUUUCCAUAUAUAUAAAGAUACUAUUUCCGUUCUCAACCGAAUGAACAACUAUAUUUUAGGUAGAGAACAAGUAGAAUACACUCAACUGUAUAUAUUUCAUGUUAAGUAUUAUUUAGAAUCACCUUCAAUGCUUCAGGAUAAAUUUGGUUUCAAAGUGUUUGUAUCCAUGUAACUCAGACUUAAAUUGUUUGAGAACGUUUUCUUAAAUCUUUUUUGUUGUUGUUAUAAGAUUUUUUUUCUUUGCUGAAAAAAUGUAAUGUGGAAAUUGUCUGCAGGGCAGGCAGAAUUACAUUUCGUUUUAAGAACAUUCCUAGUGUCCUGAGAGAGCUCUGGAUAGUGAAGGAAUGUGCCCUCCUGUGCUCCAGAGUAGGGCAAAAACCCAACCUCAACUUCCUAGAUUAAUUCACAAAUGGAGCCAGAUAAAGAAUUAGUCCCUGUGCAGCUUCAGAUGACUGGUGGAUACAGUAAGCAUACAUGCGCUGCCAUACUACCUGCAUAAAUACCCAGUUUAAGUUGUGCCUGGCAAAGGGACUCUCUUUGCCCAAAGGUGCAAGAAGGCAUUACCCAUGGAAAGCCACAGAAAAGGAGAUACCGAGGGCAUCCCUCUAUGGAGGUUCUGGAAGCAAUAUUCUCUGUGUACUAUUUUAAGCCCUGCCUCCUCACCCUUCUCCCAGAGUGGGCAUUGUGGGGUUAUCAUACAUAUGUACACACACGUGUGUGUGUCAGACACAUUUUACAAAGAUUUGCCACAUCCACACAAAUUUCCUCAAAGAGAAACAUUUUAUAUAAAAAUUGAAUCAGAGUUUUUGUUAAGUAGUUAUUAAUAAUGUUAUUAAUAACAAAGUGAUUCUUUUCUCUCUAUUAUUAAUAAUGUUAUUAAUAACAAAGUGAUGAAUAACAUUAUUAAUAAUAGAGAGAAAAGGAUUUUCUCUGAAAGUAUCAACAUGUUCCAUGACAGAAAAUCAAUAGUAGGUUUCAAUUUGCCCAGAAGUGCCACUCUAUUUCCAGAGUGAAGACUGUCUGCCUUGGUAGCAUUCCUACUCCCCAUGAUGGGAAGAAAAGCCAUUGCUUUAGGAAAAUCAGAGACGAGGGAGAGCUUUUGUCAAAUGCUCACCUCUCCCCCUGCCUCCUGUUUCCCACCAGCAUGUGCACAUUCCACACAGAGCUAGAGGUCAUUACCACUCUGAUAGGCUCACAUCAGUUCAAGUCAACAAACAUGUACUAAGGCUCAGAGAGAGUUCCCUGCGACUGUAUUUCUGUAACGAGUCUGUAUCUCCUAGUGACUGGUCAUCCACUUCAGUAAUCAUAUUGCUCCUUAUUUAUAACAGGCAUAUGAAAUACAUAGGUUGAUAUUCCAAACAGUUAUGUAUGUGAUUUCCAUGAAGAUCAUUUAUUAUGUAUGCUUAAUUACAAAGUUAUUUUUUCGUA